AAUGGAAUUUGGCGUUUUAGUUCAAGUGUAUUGAGCCAAUUUAAUCGAAAUUUUACAAUAACCAGUUUCUGUGUGUUAAUUACUGAACUCCGUGCAUAAUGUAGGGCUAUAUUUACAUAAUGACGAUGUAAAUAAACGUAAACAUGUCCGAAUUGAAAAUAUGCCGGAUAUGUUUACGUACCGAAGCAAAGGUUUACAAUUACGAUCAAUUUCAACUCAAAUCCUAUUACGAAGAAGUUUUAGCGCUAAAAGUCAGUGAAACUGAUGAACUACCACAUUACUUUUGCUUUGAAUGUGCCACCUUAUUGCAUAAAUUUCACAAAUUCAAAGAAAAAUGCUAUUCAGGACAAAAAGCACUCAAGGAUAUGUUGAGCAAGGGCCCUAUUUCAUAUGAAGCAAUAUACAAGUUAGACACAACAAAGUUCCAAUCACCGCUCGCAAAACUUAAACUGAAGUAUAAUGUACUAAAAAUAUUUUCAACGGAAGACGAUCUUCCAAUAAAAGAAGAAAUAGCCCAACAUGACCAAAGAUUAACAAAGAUAGAAAACAUAGAAAUCGCUUCCUUCGAUGAUGCUGACGUCGCUCGGGAUGACGAUGUAUUUCCAGCUUCUGAUGCUGAUACAGAUUCGGAUCCUAAAUCUCCGAUUGAUAAGGAAAAAUCAGCUGAAGUAAUUAAGGCCGUCAAAAUAGAGAUAGAAGUUGCUGAAGAUGCUUUAGAUGGAAAAGAUAAAGACUUAUAUACUUUAAAAAGAAGUAGGCUGCUCAACAGCAAGUACUGGGGAAAAAAGAGAUUAUCAGAAGAGGAAGCUAUAAAGGAAUUCAGACGAAGAGCCGAAAAUGAAAAGUAUGUAAUAGCUGCUUACAAAUGCACAGAUUGUUUCAAAGGAUUCUCCAAGGAAGAAAUGUUAAAAAGACAUCGUCAGCUAACACACAAUAAGUCUGAUACGGUUGAGUGUCGUUUCUGCCGGAUGCGAUUUAAAUGGAACUGCCAUCUCAAGAAACAUAUGCGUCAACACUACAUUAGGUACGAGUGCCUGAGGUGUGGAUUAAUUUGCCCUCUUGAAAACACUGCAUUGCUACACGACAUUUACCACAGUGGAUUCACGAAGAAAUGUUUGCAUUGCAAUGAGGAAUUUAGACACUUCUCAACGUACUACACCCAUCUACGCACGCACCGGAGUGAGCAUCUUUGCACGCUUUGCGGGUCAUCGUUCGUCAGUGAAAUGGGCUUGCAUAUGCAUAAGCGGGUCAAGCAUUGUUUCAAUGAUAAUGACGGCGUCGAGAAUGGCGAUGAGAGCCCCGGCGACGAUGAGGAAGUCAACACGUUCUGUUCGCGAUGUGAUAUUCGCUUCGAGACCAGAAAGGCUUACGACGAACACCUAUUCCAUUCAGCGAUGCAUUCCGAAGGUUAUGAUGAUGAAAAGAAACUCGAUGAUCCGCCACAACGAAAAAUUUUGGGGAAAGUUCUAAAAGCAAAGAUAACGAGCAGGUUAAGAGAUAAAAAGAGACCCAACGAAGACAUUUUCAAACCGCAAAAAAGGAAGUUCAGAAGAAUUCGGAGGGCCAGAACGAAACCUACCUCCUGCCAUCAAUGUGGCAAGCACUUUGAAACGCAAGCAGCGUGUAUGAAACACCAUCUUUCGGAACAUCCUCGGACGUCGUUCUUCGCGCCCAACGAAAGACACAUCUGCGAAAUUUGUGGCGCUUCGUUGGCGCCAGGUAGUGUGACGGCUCAUCAAAACAUGCACACCCGAGAGCGUCUUCAUCCAUGUGAAACUUGCGGGAAACAGUUCCACUCCAGCGUGGGUCUCAAGCGACACGCCGUAACUCACACCGGAGAGAAACCCUACGGCUGCACAUUGUGUGACAAGCGCUUCACACAGAACAACAGUAUGAAACUUCACUACAGGACCUUCCAUCUUAUGCAACCCUAUCCAAAAAGGAACAGAAGACGCAAAAAAGAAGAGUUAAACAUAAGCAUAGCGGCCGAAGAAAGCGUAGACUCGGACGACAAUACACCGUUGUCUAAAUCGACGAAAAGAUCCGCCCCGGUAGUCGAAUCCGCACCCGAUGCAGUGAAUAACGCUGUGGCAACGGUGCCGCAAAACAGUGAUAAUAACUUGGAUUACUUGACGCUCGGUUACCAAAAAUAUCCAUAAGUAUCUACCUCGUAGCUUGAUUAAGUAAGUUGAGAUAAGUGAGACUUGAUUAUAUAAACAUCACAAGUUUUUGACAGUCAUCAUCAUCAUACAAACCCAUUAACGGUCCACUAUAGAUGCACGGGCAGUGGCGUUCACUUCAUAUAUGCACAAAUGCACUGCCUACCCAAACAAACAAUAUACAUUCCAUACAUUUUAUAUAUUUUUGACAAUUUAAUUCCGUGCCUAUAGUUCCAAACCCUAUAGGCACGGAUCUCCUCCCACGAUGAGAAGGGUUCAGCUUUCUUGAUAAAAAAAGUCCACAAAUCCGCACAGGGCCAACGUGGUGGACUAUUACCUAAACUAUUCUCAUUGUAGCAGGAGACCCAUGCCCUAUAGUGAACAUUAAUGGGUUGAUAUGAUGAAGUACAAGCAGAGAGCUGUAUCAAAUAAAUUACCUAAAACUAGUUCAUUUAACUAAUUAAUAGAUCGUUCGGAAACACAAGUUGGAAGUAAUCAACGAUUAAGGAAUUUAAAAAAAGAUUGGUGUAUCAGAAACGUAGUACUACUUUCUUUGCAGUUUGAAAAUCUUAUCCGCCCCUUUACAAGUAUCGCUUAAACAUGUAUUAUUAUAACACUGAUGAUUUGUUACAGAAAUAUAAUCCUCAUUUUAUGGACGUCAAGCUCUGUCUUAUAAACUGUUAAUUUUAAAAUAAUACUGCUUAUAGCGAUGGUGGUGAGUCACACCCCUUAAAUUUGGCAGAUGACGCUAAAAAUUAUCAUAUUCUAAUUCAUACACUACGUAGAUAAUUUUUAUGAGGUUGCGUUCAGUUUAACAAUAUGUUUGCUGUAUGUGACAUAAGGUGAAACUCACAUUCAAAUGCUUUUAUUUCAUUCGUCGUCAUUAGGAUUAUGGAUAGAAUAGAAUAAAAUAUAUUUCUUUGCUGAAAUGUACAAAUUUAAACAGUGUACUGUCAAAAACGUGUAGUGUAUAGCCAUGUGAACGCAGCCGUAUACUUACUAGUUUUGUUAAACCUAUUGUCUAUUUUCACUUAACUGUAGUUGGGAAAUAAAAAUGCUUUUUUAGAUACUUGUUCGCCUACAAUCGGAAUUAGUAAGUGGAUGCAGGAAGGAUGCGACCCACACAACUUAAAAAAAAAGAUAUUGUAUCUUUUUUUUUAAGUUUUUAUAAGUAAGAGACGUCAUUUAGCAAAAAAGAUACAAGAAUACACAUAGAAAAUAUUUCGACGCAGGGUACAACUUUCUGGCGCAAGUGAGCGCUGUGGUCUUAUAGGUAAUCUGGAUUCGACUCACGGCAAGAGAAAUUUUCACCAGAACAGACCAGAGAACAUCAAGAUAUUAUAAAUUCGCCAAUUUCCACUGUCGAGGGUGGAAAACGGGACCUCCCAUUAUUCAGAUCGCAGGGCUCACCACUGCACCAGGGUCUACUACGUCAAAACGUUUCCUAAAGCUGUCCAAUUCACAAUAUGAAUAUUGCCAAUUUUUUAUCAACACAUCAACUCCUCAAUAUUUUGACAAUAUUCAGCAUAUUGUCGUAUGUACGGGCAGCCUACGCGUACUCUUAGAUUUUUUAGUCAAUCAUCGGUGUCGAUAUUCAUACAUUUAUCUACUUUAGGCUAUGGUGAUACGGUUCUUUUUCCAACAGGGCCAGUAAAUUGCCCUGGCAUUUUCCGUUGCCUUAACCAACUCUCACAAGAAAACUGUGUUUAUAUAAAAAACUACUAAUUACUAUUCUUCAAAUAGUAUAAAAGGUGGAUAAUUUUAUUUAUCAAUCACUCUUGUAUUAAUAAAUAAAUGUUUUUAAUAACA